AAGAUGAUUGCCAAUGAUGUCGAAACAUCUUCAUAGCAUAUUUUUAACUAGCCUAAGUACCUGCUAUAAAUCUUUGGAUUUCUCUAGCAAAGGUUCUUCAAACGAACAAAUAGUCUUUGUCUUAGCAUUCCCUAAAUCUUCUAUUACCUUCUAUUAACUAUGGAAAGAUACGGGAAAUCUGCUUUUUCUCAGGUACGAUGCUUCCCGCUGGCAAUUUUCUCUCGAGAGCGGUUAGCAUCCUUCCUCAACCAUCAACCUAGAGAUUAACCAAUAAACAGCAACGUCCAUUUCCCUACAUUUUUCUAACGAAGGUUUUCCUCGACGAAUCCGACGAUCUCGUAUCCUUAGACACACACCCCAUCAUGGUUUCCCUCUGCAGCAUCAUCUUGACGGAAAGUCAGUUGACUAGUCGACUAGUCAGUCGAUAGUUGACUAGAGUACCUCGACGCAUCUUGAGCAAUCAUCAUCCGAACUCUGCUGAAUCGCUAUCGUAACGCAUCGUCUAGAGGUCGAACUUACAACCGCGAGCCGCUAAGUGCAAUCGCGAGUUUUACGUAAAGUGUACAUUGAGAGUGUUGUUAGUAAAUAUAGUGUUAAUUAUACUGUAGUACUCGUUCAAUACCUAUCACGACCUAUCCACUUCAGUUUCAAGUUGAAACGGAAAAAAUUCAAAGCUGGAAGAGAUCAAUAUUAUUGUGCCUUUGAAUACUAACCUUGUUUCAGGUUACAAGGUCUACAUUGUUACUACCGUUUCUUGCAAUCUUCAGCUAGAGAUACAUAAGAAGCACUGAGUGAGCGACGAUCAAAAUCGGCAUACACCAUCUCUGAACAUACACUUGUUUCGAUAUAUCUUGUUAUUGCACAUUCAAAGUGGUGACCCCGACACGCGAUGGAAGACGACAGUGGUGAACGUGCUGUGGUUGAAAUAACAAGUGCCAACAAAGAAGUUAGCGCGACGGAUGCCACGGACACUGUGGGAUCCGUAUUUUCCGUAUGCGCUCCGCCAUUCUGGCCCCAAAAAAUCGAGCUAUGGUUCGUCUUGUUAGAAAACCAGUUCGAGCUCGCUCGCAUUACUGGCGACGAGAAAAAAUUUUCUAUGACUGUCGCGAACAUCGAGUUACAAUAUUUAGACCAAGUUCUUGACAGAUUUGGCGAUCUGCCGUCGACAGGACGAUAUGAAUGGCUGAAAAGAGAACUUAUUAAAAAAUUCACCGAUUCGGACAGUACGAGAAUACAAAAGUUGGUCGACAACGAAAAAAUUGGCGAUAGGACGCCGUCCCAGUUCUAUUGGGACCUGAGGAAGCUCGUCCCCAAGUCGGUCUCGGACGACUUCGUGUUGGCGAUCUGGAAGAAUCGCCUUCCAGAGAAUAUGCAAUAUGUCCUAACCGCCGUGAGCGUAAAUGAGGCGACGACCCUGACGAGGGUAGCCGACGAGAUGCACGAUAUAUCCCGCGGAUCGCGUUCCACUAAAAGAGACCAGCUGGACAGGCUAUGCUACUACCAUGAGACCUUUCGAGACCAAGCAAGAAAUUGCCGUGCCCCUUGCAACUGGAACCAGAGGAAACGAGACGGUUCAGUAUCCCGCCGCUGCAGAUCCCCCGUAACAGACAGGAGUACGAGGAUCUCCUUCCACGUGGACACCGGUGCCAACUUAUGCGCAAACCCGAGCAAUAAACAACGCGGAGACAGCAUCGAGCACCAACAACAACACGAAGACAGAACCGAAAUCCGCAGCGCGUUAAUCCUGCCGGAAAUCCGAAACGAUCGAAACGAAGGGCGGGCAAUUACGAAGGAGGAAACUGCGAGAAAUAAGAACGUCGCGCGGGCAGCCAAGAAAGUCCGCUUUUCUGAGCGAGUUCAGGUAGAAUUUAGAUAAGUCAAUGGAAUAAGCUUGGUAUGUAAAAUCUACCUAAAACGUGUUGUCACUGGUAAGGGGGAAGAUGUAGCGGCCCAUGGCCGUA